AGCAAUGGGUUUGGUUUUUGGUUUACUGUUGUUGGACAUUUGCAUUGUUUCUAGUUAUUUUUUUAAUCCACUUUAUUGAGGUAAUUUACAUACACACAUCUUAAAUGUAUAGUUUACUGAGUUUUAACAAAUGUCAUUUUCUGCUAUUUUGAAUAAAGGUGCUAUGAGCAUUCUUGUGCACGGCUUUGGUGGACACAUGCACUCAUUUCUGUUGGUUGUAUACUCAGAAGUGGAAUUGCUGAGGCAGAGAGUAUAUUGCCAAAUUGUUUUUCCAAAGUAGUAGAAACAGAUUUAUACUCCCAUCAGCAGUGAGUGAAUGAGAAUUCUGGUUGCUCUUCAUCUUCACCUCCACUUGGUGUUGUUAUCAGUUCUUUUAGGUAUAGCCAUUCUGGUGGAGGUGCUCGUGAUUUGCAGCUGUUGCUCUUCUCUUCUUCCCCAGCUCCCCUCAACCACUCUGAUCACAACACUCACCACCCAAAUUAUAUUCCUAUGGAGUAUCCCCAUUGUCUGCCAGGCUGAAAGACCCCCUAAGCUCUGCCCCUUCCCUGUCCUUUUCUCUCCCAGGUGGUUUUUCCCCAUCAUUGGCCACAUGGGCAUCUGCACAUCCACAGGAGUCAUCCGGGACUUCGCUGGCCCCUACUUUGUCUCGGAAGACAACAUGGCCUUUGGGAAACCUGCCAAGUACUGGAAGUUGGACCCUGCUCAGGUAUACGCUAGUGGGCCCAAUGCAUGGGACACAGCUGUGCACGACGCCUCCGAGGAGUACAAGCACCGCAUGCAUAAUCUCUGCUGCGACAACUGCCACUCGCACGUGGCAUUGGCCCUGAACCUGAUGCACUACAACAACAGCACCAACUGGAACAUGGUGACGCUCUGCUUCUUCUGCCUGCUGUAUGGGAAGUAUGUCAGCGUUGGGGCCUUCGUGAAGACCUGGCUGCCCUUCAUCCUCCUCCUGGGCAUCAUCCUAACCAUCAGCCUGGUCCUUAACCUGCGGUGAUGGCUGCCCAGUGGUUCCGGACCCACCAGGAUCCUGAGGAGGCAGCUGCCACCCCUUUUAGUUUCAGAAUCUUUCUCCUCACCCUGAAAAGCAGGGAGGGGCCUGCUGGUUUUGACCUGGGGUUCUGGGCUAGGUGGGGUGGGAUUGGGGCUAAGAAGGAACAUGGGGUGAGAAUGUUUGCUUGUUGUGUCUCACUGGCCACCCCCUCCUCCCUGGACUUGUGACCCCUGCCCUUGAGGCAUCCUUUUUGUUGGUUGAGAAGGCCGUAGCUUCCUCUGUUUGUAGAGCCCCUCCUGCCCCAGCUGGGCUGCUGCCUGCUGGGCUUCUCCAGCCUCAGCCCCUCUGGCACAUCAGGUGUCAUUCUUGGGCCCAGUGCUCCACGGGGGAAGGGGAGGGCAUUCAGACCCACCUGACAAGGCAGCACCGGAACCAGAGCUGAUUUGGAGCCUGCCCUCCUGCCAUUAGCUCGGGUCCAGGGGCAUGAGGUAACAAGCAGCCUCCAUAAGUUAAACGGGCCUGGCUGCGGCUUUCACCAUUGGCCUCUGGAAUGGUUGAGAGGGGCUGGAUGCCACCUGCCCCCGAUGUUUGCCAGAAGCUGCACUAGGGGUAGUUAGUGCCUCUGCCCUGGUAUCUUCCAGCCCAUGCAGCCACCUCUUCCCAGUCUUCCAGGGCCUCCCAGCUCCUUGGGCCCACCUCCCCCUGCAGUUUGGGGCCUGGGCUCCUCCAGCCAGGCAGAGAGGUGAGUGAAGCUGCCAUGUGCCAGAGUGACCCCUGUAGACCAGAGUAAUGUAAACUUGGCCCAGCCCCAGGUGUGGGUCUCAUGGUGGUGAUGACGCCUCUGUGUCCAAAGUGUAGGGGGCUAUCAGAGCAGCCAGGGCCAUCAGGGAGCUGGAGGGGGCUGUUUCCGCCCACCUGACUACAACUCUCCUUCAAGUUGUCAAAAAGGGCCCUGUGCUGCCCACUACACUCCCUGCUCCAUGGAGUCCUUUGUGGGGUUCCCUGGGUGGGGCAAUAAAGAGUUUUG